AACCGAAAGAAGUAAAUCUGGAACGUUUAUAUGAUGGCGGGAAAAUAGCAGGAAAUACGGGCUGCUUGCAGCUUUCAGACAUAUGCAGAUGCAAAAACAUUGAGUAUUUUCCAGAGUGGGUUUAAGUUCGGAUGCAUUGGUGGUUCUGUUAUAUUUUGAGAAGGAAGGCCACUGGGCGCAUCUGACGAACUCCUUCUUCCUUAUAUUCAUAACGGAUUGAACAGCAUGAAGAGAACGAGUUAAUUGCUGCAUAAAACAGGGAAGGAUAUUUCUGAUUAAUUAUUGGCAUCUUUACUUUAAUUCGUUUGCCAAGGAGUAUUGAACGUUGUGAUGCUGAGUAUUAGCUAAGAGAAACAUUGAUUACUUUGUAUUAAUGUUUGUUACCUCGGUUACGUUCCAAACAUUGUGCUUAUUUAGAACGAAGUGUUUUUUUUUAUCUAUGCGUAUUAGCUGAGAGAAACAGUGAUUAUUUUCUUUUAAAUUUCGUUACCACUAUUAUAAUCCAAACAGCUAGCUAAUUUAGUAAUCUACAUGCUCAGUUAGAUGUAUUUAUAUCCAUAUAUAUAUAACCAGAAGAUUAGCAAUAAUUUUCUUCGAUUCUAAGCAAUGAUAGAAAAAGUUCCCAUUAGCACUAACAGUGAAUGGCCGAUGAAUUUGUUUAAUUCCUUCAACUUGGAAACUUUCUGACGAUAUAUGCAAUUAUCAUUUAUACAGUGUUUGUUAUUCUACAGUUGUUAUUAUUUCCUUGAACUUGAACAUUUAUUUCAAAUACUACUUACAGCUAAAUUUUUCCUCCAUAAAACCAUUAUUACUUCAACUAAAUAGUAUUACUUUCUCAAAUUUGUUUGCUGUUUCAUUGUUCUCAUAUAGCAUUGUAUUAUAUCUAAUAGCUUUUCAAGUAAGGAGUUAAACAUUGUGAAUUUUGUGUUUUAAUAUAUGACAAAUGAAUUUCAUCUCAAGCUAAUAGUUAGGUACAUUCAGCGCCUAAAAGAAAAGCGAAUUAAGAGCUACUUUAUUCUAGUACAUUGAUACUGCUCAGUUGUGCUUCACGUUGCUGUGAUAGACAGUCUUCUUUCUUUGCUAUAUGAAUAAUUCACAAAAUUUUUAUUUUAGUGACGGAAGGCAAAAUGUUAUUAUAUUAAUAUUCCUUCGUUUCGAAGAAAAUUUCUAGCAGCUUAAAUAUUCAGUAUUUAUCAUCUUCUUUUAUUCUGAACUAUUGGAACUUGAAAUUUAUUGCUUAAUUUGUAGUGAUUUUAAGAAUAUGAGUUGGUACCGUAGAUCAAGUGCUCCUGGUUUGAAAGGUGGUAGACGAAGAAGUAGUGUCAGUUAUUCUGUUGCUACUGGCAGAAGAUGCAGUUUGUCUACAUUUGCUGCUUCAUCACGAACUCGAUCUGGAUCUAAAGGACACAUAGGUCGUGACUUGGGAGAAGAUGAUAUCGAAUCGUGCCAACCACCUGUCGAAGAACUGCCACAAGUUGCUGGAUACGAGGAUGUAACCUUCGAACCUUCAAUAGUUCCUCCACCUACAUUACCGAUUAUUACAGAAGUUGAAUCUUCGGAUGAAGGCACUGAUAUGGAAUUAUUUACAAAAGUUCCAGUUGUUUCGGAAAGUGAAGCUCGUGAGUUGUUAAUUAGAUAUGCAAACUCGCGAUGCGCUCUGGAUAAAGAUGCUGCCAGGGAUAUGAAAAUAACAAAAUUGGAUUAUCAACCAGGCUAUAAAUACACGCUGGAGAGCUUCACGGAAUCACGUCAAGUGAACUGGAGUUUUGAACCUUACACUGGCGGCCCUUUAGAUGAAACAAGUGCUGCAACUCCUCCUCCUGAUCCAUGGUCUGUAGAAUGUUCAAAUUCUCAACCUUUCCAAGCCCAUAUAUUAACCGUGGAUGUUCCUCACACAGAUGUAUUGAUGACGUGCCAUGCUUGCGGAGGUGUUGGAAGCAAGAGAUGUUCUGCAUGUUCCGCUGCAGGAUGGCAAAGAUGUUCUUUCUGCUUGGGGGAUGGCCACAAGACAUCCUUACAAGGACACAGAGAACGAUGUUUUCGUUGCUUAGGAACCGGAAGGAAAAAGUGUUGGAAGUGUGGUGGUGAAACUAUCGCAAUGUGCAGAGGCUGCAGUGGAACGGGGCAAAUACGCUGUUUCAUUUCUGUUACAAUUAUAUGGACAACCCAUAAAGACACACAUGUUAUCGAACCACGACAAGCCACAGUUAUUGGUUCAAGACUUGAGAAUGCUCAAGGAUAUUUAGUUUUUGAAGAUGAGAAACCUUUAAUAUUCCCUGUUGUAUUUCCGGAUGGUGACUUACAGUCUGCAGCAAAUCAUUAUAUAGAAAAACAUAUGACUUCCUUCUCCACUGAGAAGAUAAUUUUACAGCGCCAUGGUGUGUAUACCAUACCUGUAUAUUGCAUCACUUAUUUAUGGAGACAGGAACACUUCCGGUACUUCAUCUUUGGCAGCCAAAAAGAAGUGUUUGCUCCUGACUAUCCGGAGAAUCUUUGCUGUUGUUCCAUAUCAUAAUAGUUACAGUUUAAGAGAUCAGACAACAAACUUGCAGAGACUUUAUAAUUGCAUAUUACCUUACCAGUGGCAUUAAAUUUACUAGCAUCCUAUGUGUGGCUGUUACAAACGCUCAGAAAAAGAAGAUUCAUAUGAGAUUAUAAGAAAAUCUUUUUAAAUAUCUUCAUUAUUAAGUAUUAAAUGAAUUUAUUAAAUAUUCUUAUUAAAUAUUAAAUGAAUUUACUACAAAAGUUGAUUUAAAUACUAUAAUAAGGGCAUUUUAUGAUACGCCUGGAAAUAUUCUUCCUCCUAAAAUCGCAAUAAAUAAAAGCCCACCCAAUACUUAA